GAAACCAGCGCUGCUCGAAAUGCACCGGGCAGCACUUCAAGACGAACUCAGACUGGCAGCAUCUUGCCUCAUGGCAAAGAGUGACGGAGCGGGAGUAGUGCCCGGGAGUCAGUUGCGUUCAUCCUAGGAGCUUCACCUGCCUCGCACACAGAGAACUUCAAAGCUCCACAUUCCCCAAGCACAUCCGCCAGGAUUGCUCCUCAGGCAACGCUUGUAUCCGCUCUCCUUAGGUAUUGACUGCUAGACAACGCCUUGGGCUGCUCAGUCCAUACCAACCCUUCCUGCAUAUCUACCACAGAUUGUGCCACAAAUGUCAUGCUGACGUAAUGAGCUAUGUCAUGUUCGUAUAAGAUUUCAGGAUGUCUUCGCUCAAUUCAGCAAGUUUCCUUCCACAACGUCUGCACAUCGCCUCGGUUGCGACAGAGAAGGGGCAAGACCAUGCUUCAAACGGCGUCGAGCUCUGUGACGGUUGUCUCUUGAAACCAAGUCAAUUCGCUGCUCGAUCGAAUUACAAAAUAGCGGAAAUGGCAAGCCCUUCGACGCGUCGAGGGUCUUCCGCCCAGGUUGACGAAUCAACAUCCGAUCCAGCGGCUGAAGGACCAUCGUCUCAGGAGUUUGAAGCGCUCGGAAUCCUGGAUGAGAAAGGACCAGCAGGGUACGAAGGGCGAUAUUUGGUCGAUUGGGCCCCUGCAAAUGAUGGAGAGCCCUUCUCGCCUUCGUGGGAGAGAAAGACCGGAUGCUCAGAGAAACUAGUGGAUGAUUGGCUCGCGAGAAAGGCCAAGGACCCAAGUAUCGUAGGCAGACAUGGAGGCGAAGCGGAAGAGGAUUACGAGAGGCGCAAGAAUCGGCAAGACAAGGGAAAAGGCAAAACGUUGAAGCGAGUCCGAAGUAAAGGUGGAAUCUCUGCACAGGGCUCUGAAGGGACCGAAGGCAAAGAUUCUCCUCAGCAGAAACGGAGACCAACGUCUCGGGUAAAGCAUGGUUGGGAUUACGUUCCCAUUCCAAGUCAAGAACAAGCGCCGAUCAGGACGUCUAUCGAGAGUGAGAUUCGGCGAAGGAAGAAGGAAGGCCUUCCACCACUGCAAUAUGAGGUGAACGUCGACGGAGAGACUGGUCGAGCUACUCGAAAGCGCUCUAGGGACGUGUCGGGAUCCACCAGUACCCCACGCCCGAGACAACCUCGACCAUCGGGAGCUGGUUCAACGGGUGUUGCUUCUUCGGCGAAUAAGAAUCCGUCAUCGUCGGAGAGCAAGUCAACGUCAGGUAACGGUGGUCCUCGACAAGUUGCAAAUAAUAGCUCGCCGAUAUCUCGAAAACACCCCUCAAAACCCCCGGCUUCGCGUUCCGAUGUCCUCACUGCGAAGACACCACAGGAUGCAGGCCGCGAGGAGACCUCUGGACCUUCACAUUUGCCCAAAGACGUAAGCGGGAAUAGCAAAGAAGCAAAGGAAGUACCAGCAAAGUCGAAAUCAAGGAUAUCUUUCGCCUCCGAUACACCUUCGACGAGCAAAGCAGCGCAAAAAGUACCCACAAAGUCGACUUCAACGAGCGCUCUCAGGGACCAGUCAGAAUCGUUACUGGAAGCCAGUAAGGCCAUGACUGCGAAGUCACCGAACCGCCGCAUCCCUGCGACAGCCCAGAGUCCCAAGACUUCCCGCAUGGGUCCAGUGCCCAAUAUCACCGGCAGUCAGUUUAAGGCAAUGGUCAAGACUGUCGCCAACGGAGAAGAGCCGGCUUCCAUCACGCGCGAUUCGCCGGCAACUUCCCAAAUCGAUGCCAUCGUCCACUUUUCGAGCCCUGUUGAAGCCGCGAACCGCUCUUCCCAGAUCCAGCCGGUAUCUAGUGCACCUCCCGCCAGCAGCACAAUCCGGAGAAACGCGAACUCAGCCAUACCCGCAAGUCCUGCAGGCUCGUUGUCUCGCAAGACGGCCAUCAAGAGUACUCCCGGUCGCCCGAAGCCAAGGUCUGCAAACAUGAUCGCCAAGACUCCAAUGAAGCCAGGACCGUCGACUGCGAGCGGUGAAGAGAGUUCUCAUACAUCCAGUGGAGACGAAGUACCGGAGGGAACUAGAAGGAUAGGGCCAAAUGGAGAAGUGAAUUUUGUUGCGAAUACCGAUGAGGAACUUCCUUCUCUUGAUUGGACACCGCCUAGGUCACAGGUUACAGCCCAGAAGCCAAAGGAUGCGGUCACCAUCGAGAAGACAGCGGAUCCGACCGCGACUAGCUCCACUACGUCUGCGAAGACGCCCGCCAUCAGCUCCACCACAUCGGCGAUGGCCGUCGAAAACCCCACUACGUCUGUAGCCGAGCAGAGCAAAGCCCCGGAGGCGGAAGUGAACGCCAAUGCGAACGCGAGCGAAGCAGACGCCGUUGAGAAAGAUCUACCACAGAUCCGGCCCUUUCGGCGCCGCUCGCAUCAGCAGAGGCCGGACCCAGCAAGACUGCUGCCCCGGUUGCGGCACCAUCUCGUCCUGCCACAGACACCGAUCCGUCUGAUCCUAUCUCUAUCGAGCCCGAACUUCAAGUCCUCAAAAGGCUGAUCGAAAACAAGAAGUCUCUGGACGAAGAAGUGAUUCGCCUUCGUAAUCUAUAUAACAAUUCCGUUGAGGACAACAAUUUCCUGAGGCAGUCCUACAAAGACGCUUCAGACAAAGCCGUCGCCGAGGUGC